AUGACGCGUAAAAGCACAAUUAAUCGUACGUUAAAAUUAACGCUUAUUCUGUGCGGUAUAUGGCCAGGCACAAAGUGCGUUAUAAUCUGCAGGGCGUAUUGGAUUAUCGCAUUAGUAAUAGAUGAUAUUUGUCACUGCCGUUAUCUUUUAAUGCAUCUGCAUUCUAACGAUUUGUUUGACUUGAUGGACUGUUUCAGUAGUUUCCUAACGCAAAUAAAAUUGACAUUUAAGUUGAUUGUAUUCUGGCUGAAUGAACGGAAAUUCUUUAAGAUCUUGACGAUGAUGGCAGAAGACUGGAACGAUUGCUCUGGCAGUAACAUCAAUAUGCGCAAAACAGCGAGCAUAGCUAUAUUAGCAAAUCGUAUCACUAGUGUAAUAUUCACGCUUUACACGUUAGCUAUUGUUGCGUAUAGUAUUGGCAUUCUUUUGGCUGACGUCGACGUCACCGGGAAGUCCGAAUUACCUCUUCUCUUAAAGGUGGAUCUUCCUGUUAACAUAAACACAAAAUUAACGUAUAAAAUGCUUCUGACCAUGCAAUUCGUGCAUCUCAUUAUGUGCGGCUGGGGAACGGGUAUAUUGAACUGCUUGCUUUUAACUUUGACUUUACAUGUAGGUGGUCAGAUGGAUAUUCUGCGUUGCAGGUUAAAUGAACUCGUACCACGAAGGAUCGAAUCUGUCACCGUCACGACAAACAGAAUUAUUCGCAAGCAUCAAAGAAUAAUUAAUUUUUCGGAAUAUAUUGAGGAUUUAUAUACAUACAUCGCAUUAGUGCAAUUUACAUCGAACACUGUGCUGAUUUGCUCUUUGGGAUUUCUUAUUGUAACGGCGAUUGGCAGUCCCGAUGCAACGGAGCAUAUAGUGCGAUCUCUUUUAUUUUAUACCGUGACGAAUCUUGAAGCAUUUAUAUUUUGUUAUGCAGGAGAAUAUAUAAAAGACAAGAGUAAAGCUAUCGGAAAUGCGGCGUACAACUCCGCCUGGUACGAAAUGAAACCGAAAAACAGCCGUAAUUUAAUAUUCGUGACAUUAAGAGCGCAAAAGCAAUUGACACUUACAGUUGGAAAAAUAAUGGAUCUCUCCUUAGAAUCUUUUACAAGUAUCAUGAAAGCAUCAGGAUCAAAAUUCUUUGAGAUCUUGACGAUGAUGGCAGAAGACUGGAACGAUUGCGCUGGUAGUAACAUCAAUAUGCGUGAAACAGCAUGCAAAGCUAAAUUAGCAAAUCGUAUCACUAAUGCCAUGUUCACUCUUCAUACGUUAACUAUUGUUGCGUAUAGUAUUGGCAUUCUUUUGGCUGACGUCGACGUCACCGGGAAGUCCGAAUUACCUCUUCUCUUAAAGAUGGAGCUUCCUGUUAACAUAAACACAAAGCUCACGUAUAAAAUGCUUCUGACCAUGCAAUUCGUGCAUCUCAUCAUGUGCGCCUGGGGAACGGGUCUAUUGAACGCCUUGCUUUUAACUUUGGCAAUUGGCAGUCCCGAUGCAACGCAGCACAUAGUGCGAUCUCUUUUAUUUUAUACCGUGACGAAUCUUGAAGCAUUUAUAUUUUGUUAUGCAGGAGAAUAUAUAAAAGACAAGAGUAAAGCUAUCGGAAAUGCGGCGUACAACUCCGCCUGGUACGAAAUGAAACCGAAAAACAGUCGUAAUUUAAUAUUCGUGACAUUAAGAGCGCAAAAGCAAUUGACACUUACAGUUGGAAAAAUAAUGGAUCUCUCCUUACAAUCUUUUACAAGUGUAAGUCUUAUACGUAGGACACAAAAUAAUUUUGGACAAUACUUAACUAUGACGCGUAAAAGCACAAUUAAUCGUACGUUAAAAUUAAUGCUCACUGUGUGCGGUAUAUGGCCAGGCACAACGUGUGUUAUAAUCUGCAGGGCGUAUUGGAUUAUCGCAUUAGUAAUAGAUGAAAUUUGUCACUGCCGUUAUCUUUUAAUGCAUUUGCAUUCUAAUGAUUUUUUUGACUUGAUGGACUGUUUCAGUAGUUUCCUAGCGCAAGUAAAAUUUACAAUUAAGUUGAUUAUAUUCUGGCUGAAUGAACGAAAAUUCUAUGAGAUCUUGACGAUGAUGGCAGAAGACUGGAACGAUUGCGCUGGCAGUAACAUCAAUAUGCGUGAAACAGCAUGCAAAGCUAAAUUAGCAAAUCGUAUCACUAAUGCCAUGUUCACUCUUCAUGCGAUAACUAUUGUUGCGUAUAGUAUUGGCGUUUUCAUGGCUGACGUCGACAUCACCAAGCAGUCCGAACUACCUCUUCUCUUAAAGGUGGAGCUUCCUGUCAACAUAAACAUAAAACGCACGUAUAAAAUGCUUCUAACUAUGCAAUUCGUGCAUCUCAUCAUGUGCGGCUGUGGAACGGGUCUAUUGAACGCCUUGCUCUUAACUUUGACUUUACAUGUAGGUGGUCAGAUGGAUAUUUUGCGCUGCUGGUUAAGUGAACUCGUACCACGAGGAAAUGAAGGAACCGAGUCUGUCGCCGUUACGACUAAUAGAAUUAUUCGCAAGCAUCAAAGAAUAAUAAAUUUUUCGGAAUAUAUUGAGGAUUUAUAUACAUACAUCGCUUUAAUACAAUUUACAUCGAACACUUUGCUGAUUUGCUCUUUGGGAUUUCUUAUCGUAACGGCAAUUGGCAGUCCUGAUGCAACGGAGCACAUAGUGCGAUCUCUUUUAUUUUAUACCGUGACGAACCUUGAAGCAUUUAUAUUUUGUUACGCAGGAGAAUAUAUGAAAAACAAGAGUACAGCUAUCGGAAAUGCGGUGUACAGUUCCGCCUGGUAUGAAAUGAAACCUAAAAACAGCCGUAAUUUAAUAUUCGUGAUAUUAAGAGCGCAAAAGCAAUUGACACUUACAGUUGGAAAAGUAAUGGAUCUCUCCUUAGAAUCUUUCACAAGUGUAAGACUUAUACAAAAUAAAGAGAAAUAAGAAAUUAUGACUCGUAAAAGUACGCUUAACCGCACGUUGAAAUUUAUGCUCAUUUUGUGUGGUAUUUGGCCGGGCGCAUCGUAUGUUGUACUUUGUAGAAUAUUUUGGAUUAUUUCAUUGACAAUUACUCUAUUCUGUCACUACCGUUAUUUUCUGACACAUGUACAUUCUGCUGAAAUAUUAGAUUUAAUGGACUGCCUAUCCAGUUUCCUAGCAUAUUCCAAAAUAAUUAUUAAAUUUCUUGUGUUUUGGUUAAAUGAGCGAAAAUUCGUUGAAAUUUUGACAGUGAUGGCAGAAGAUUGGAAUGAUUGCGCUAAUAGUGACAUUAGCAUACGUGAGAUAACACGCAAGGCGAAAAUAUCGGAUCGCAUUACAAACGCAAUCAUCACCCUUCAUACAACGACAGUUGUUGCAUAUUGCAUUGGUAUCGUCUUGGCUGAUGUUGAUGUCACUGACACUGCGAAAGAACUACCUUUAGUCAAUAAGGUGGAAAUUCCUUUCGACAUAAACACGCAAAUUACGUACAGAACCGUUUUAAUCACGGAAUUUUUACUUAUGAUUCUUUGCGGAUGGGCGGCUGGUAUAACAAACUCUUUAUUAUUAACACUCGCAAUCGGUAGCCCCAACGCGGUAGAACAAAUAAUGAAAUCAAUUCUAUUCUAUACUAUAACAAAUCUCGAAGCAUUUAUAUUUUGUUAUGCCGGAGAAUAUUUGAAUAACAAGAGUAAAGAAAUUGGAGUCGCGGCGUACAACUGUGAAUGGUACGAUUUAAAAUCUACAGAAAGUCGAAUCUUGUUAUUUAUUAUAUUGAGAUCGCAGAAACAAUUGACACUCACGGUAGGAAAGAUGAUGGAUCUCUCUUUGCAAGCUUUUACAAGCAUCAUGAAUGCUUCGGGUUCAUAUUUAUCAAUGCUAUUGGCGAUGCAAUAA